GAAAUAUCUUCUCUAACUCUAACCUAAAAAUUCUAAAAAAUAAAUAAACGUUCAUCCAAAUUUAUUCGAAUCGAUUAAAAGAGGGCCUUUCUGCCUCAAAAUAGAAACAUGUUUAGCAACAGCCUCCUUAAAAUUACCACCCCUGCAUUAGCAAUAACACGAAACGUUGGAAAAUGUAAAUUCAACUGGUUUAACGAGGGUAUUCAAUAUCCUGGAUUCAAAUAUUACCCCAGUGCUGCAGACUUUAAAGAUCCACCAUACGAGCCUUCGAAACUUUUCAGAGUAAGACGCACAAGGCCUAUGAAAGGUUUACCUCAUUGGGAGAAAAACAUCUUGAAGGAAUUUAAAUUGGAUGGAAAAGAUUAUGCCGUUAUCAAAAACAUCCCAGAAAACAACCAGAGACUAUGGAAAGUGAAGCACACUAUAGAAAUAAUACCAAUAACUUUCCCCGAUGGUUUCCCAAAAGAAAACGACAGGACUUAUUUGAAGGAAAACGGAGAAUUGCGGAUAAUAAAGAGCCUUAGUCCAGUAGAAGAGCAAUUGAAACUUUCCGAGGAGUUCAGCAAGUUACCUGCAAGGAUGGAUGGAGACACUUUGAGAAGGAGUUUAAGGAAAAAGUGGUUGAAUGGUUAUGAACAUUUUGUGUAAAUUUAGGAUUUUAAUUUAAAAAAAUAAUAAUUUGUUUAGCUUUUUUGGUAUUUAUUAUUCAAUUCCAUAAUUACAAUAACUAUAGGAUAUCAUUUGGUGCAUAAUCUUGAGCUGCUCAAGCAGUUGGGGAUGGAAACCACCUGUCAAAUUUUACAUUUCAAGUAACUGUUUUCUUUGAUAGUUUCUGCACUUUCUUCCAAUAUGAUGAACAGAUCAAGUUCAUAAAUUAGAAAAAUCUUCAAUGUUUAAUAUUCCUUGUCUUCUUUCCAUUGGAACUCCUCUUAUGAUAUCUACAAAAUUUCCCGCACUCUCUUGGAUGAAUGUAAAAUCUUCAUGGGUGGUUUCCCUCUCGAUUCAGGUUGCAUACUUAAUAAAUUAUUUGAAUUGAAAACGUACUAUAGGUGAUGAGACAAAAACAUUAUAGUCAAUGUGGAUAAAUGGAAACACUAAUCAAAAUCAUAGUUAAUAUAUUGCAUUUCAAAAAUUGAGAAUAUUCCAAAUAUUUUCAUUUGCCCUAACGCUUGAUCAUUUAUUUCAAUAAGUUUAACAUGUUUUCAAUUACCUCCAGAGCCAGUUAUUUUCAAAAAAUUCUAGAGUAAUUCAAAGCAUUUCAUAUUUCAGAAACUACAAGUAGCAUAGGUAACAUAAAUGCAUAUAAAUGUAGGAUAAUGUUCCAAUAUGCCCUUGUAAAAUGCAUUAUAAAUCAUGAUAACAUUAUUUGCCUCAUAUCGCGAAAAUAACAAAAGUGUUUCCAAUUACCCAUAUUGAUUCUAUAAAUACUGGUCCUUGGUUCACCUAAUCGAUUCAAGUUGCAUAUUUAAUAAAUUAUUUAAAUUGAAAACUCAAAGACAAAAAGUUUCCAUGCCGGUUUUGUCCUGCCUUUACAUUUUUCAAGCUUGACACUAUAUCAUAAUAAAUAUUGGUUCACAUGAUAUCCUUACAUUGAUCCAAAACAUUCAUCAUCAUUCUCCGGCAAGUAUUUUUCCACUAUCUUAUAGAGAUCAUUGAAAGGACAAAAAUAAUCGCAACCUUUAAUUUUGAGCAGAACUGGAUCAGUUUGCUUGUAAUUUUGAUAAAACAUCUAAAAUAAUAAGCGUCAAAGCAUUUCAAAUACAAAAUAAUCUUUGGCAUUACUUUUAUUCCAUAAACUCCGUCAAUCCUAUGGACUUCGAAUAUAAUGAAAGCGCUGUAAGGUGGCAGUUCAAAUGUUUCUUGAUUUAAAGUUUGAAGUACGGCAGCAAUGUUAUAUUCAUGGCCACUGUAGAAGAACAUUUUUCUUUCGGGUGGGUCAAUGGUACCAUUAAUUUUUGCUUCCGUGUCAGUAAUAACUUUUUUCAGAAGAUAUCCUAGAAAUUAUUUUUAUAAAUAAUGUUUAAUAUUAACAAAUUAUACCUUGCUUGGUAUUUAAUUUAAUUUUACUUCAUUUGAAAAUGCAUGAAAUUUUAAUGCUUAGUUAUUAGAGCUUAUUGCUUAUAAAAUCACUACCUGCAAUGACUCGCCUAAUCGCAGUAGUAUUAGUUAUUAUAUGAUAAAAAUAUUUCAUUUGAGUAUGUAGCGGUUCAGGGUAUACUGCUUUGGUCCAGUCUUCCAAACGAUAACCCAGUUUUUCCUAAAUUUUUUAUUUUUUUUUAUUAUCAAAAACAAAAUUAUUCCAGCUACCUGAAUUUCAAAUCCAACAUACAAAUAAAAAGCACUCUCCGGAUCUAUUUUUCUUAAUGUUUUGUUUUCAAGAAUUCUAAAAGUUUUUUCAUAUCUUUGAAGAUUCUUUUUAAUAUCGGGCUCUUCAUAAAGAUUGCUUAAAAGUUUAGCAUAUCUUGGGCACGAACGAAAAGCCAACAGCUCCUUAUCUUGAGACUUAGGGACAUAAUUGUAAGGUAUAGGUUGCCAGUAUAUAUUAGAAGACCACAUCUGAGAUCCAACUGGUGGAUAUAAACCAGCCAAGGCUAGUUGUAAAGACAUUUUAGUACGAUCAUAAUCUGAGGUUCUAGCUUCCAAAUAUUUAAUAUUCCAUGUUUGGCCAAGGAAAUUGUCGUAUCUUGAUCGUAAGUAGCUGCCUACUUGGUACGCCC